UGUAAAUGACUGUACAUGUACAUGUUUUGACAAUGAAACGGGAACUACAGUGUAUGUAAUUGAUGUGGAUGUUAGUUUGGAUCAGGGUCGUAGAGGAAACCACAGACAGCGCUUGGUACGGACUUCCUCUGGAGCCUUGUGCCUCAGAUUGCUUUUUUCGACCUGGAGCUCCUCCAAGCUCCGGCAUUGUCUUUUGGAAUCCAGCCCAGGCAGGAUCGUGUGUGUGUGUGUGUGUGAGUCAUACCGUUAUAGACUACAUGUACGCGUGUAUCUCGGCGUCCACGGCUUGCUGGCCGCAAGGACUUUGGAGCUCUGAUUAUAGGGGUGUCUACUUUUCCCCCACGCGGUACAUGAUACUGUACUCGGCAGACCUGAGUCACCGAAAAUAUCGUCUUUCAAGGAACCUUCAGAGCUGAGGCAAUGUUUUUUCUCCCCUAGCCCUCAAUUUUAUGAAGUCAUCACCUGAAGGACAUACCUACAUGUAUGGGACUGUGUGCCUUCUGUGGCACAAGGAGUGGUCUUUUUUUUUUGAGUGUGUGUGUUGUGAAUUGCUGUUUCUGUAGCCUGGAUCGGCGUGUGCCGGGAAAACUUGCACAGAGGAAACCUGAUCAUGUUGGGAGCGCAAAAGGUUCGAGUUUUAUACGACUUUGAUGGCGAGGUGGAAAACGGCGAGCUCGUCAUCCGGGAGAACCAGAUCCUGACCAUCAUCCGGCAAGAUGUCGGUGACGGCUGGUGGGAGGCAGAGAUGCCGAACAAACAGAGGGGGCUGAUCCCCGAGGCCUACGUUGAGGUAAUGGUGGAUACCUGGAAUGCACCUGAAGAUGCCCCGCCCCCACCUCCACCCCCUCCAGCAGCUAGUUCGAUGAGCCAGCAGGAUGUAAGGGAUCUACCAGCUCCGCCCACUUUUGAGUCGGCGGUCAGCUCUUCGGGCAUUCAGCAUCAGGACUCUGUUGGGAACGAGGAUGAUUGGGACGACGACGAUGACUGGGAUGACAACCAGUCUGCACCUGACUAUACAGAAGGGGACCCCAAUGCCUAUUAUAACGAGCAGGGACUUCCACAGGAUCCGGCCGUCAAUGGCUCAGGCAGUUACGGCCUGUCCCCACCCAACCGACAGUACAAGCAGCGCAACAGCGACAUGUCGGCCAAAACCACGGGCACCGUCAAAAAGAAUUUUGCCAGUCGAUUUUCAAUGUUUGCCAAGUCGGGCGGAGAGGCCUACUUACUCGGGGCCGGAGCCAAGAAAGGCUUCUCACCAAAUGUGGAAAUCAGAAUUGUGGAAACCAAUGAUGGGCCGGUGUGGGAAGAUCCCGGUAGAUUGCCUGCCAUUGAAAUCAAGAACCCAAAGAAGGAGACAAAGAUGAAGGGAAUCAAAAGCUUUAUUGCAUACCAGAUCACCCCCUCGGAUACAGGCAUUCAGGUCAGUAGGAGAUAUAAACAUUUUGACUGGUUAUACGAGAGACUGGUGGAGAAGUUCACAUUUGUAUGCAUACCGCCAUUACCAGACAAGCAAGUGACAGGGCGAUAUGAGGAGGCAUUCAUCGAGAAGCGAAUGGAGCAACUCCAGAGAUGGAUGAAUAGGAUGGGCUCCCAUCCAGUCAUCGGCCAGGCGGACGUCUUCAGGCAUUUCCUUUCCUGCACCGAUGACAAGAAAUGGAAGCAAGGCAAGCGAAAAGCAGAGAAAGACGAGCACGUGGGAGCAGCUUUCCUACAGGUCAUCCAAGCCCCUGAGAAACCUAUAGAAAUAGCUGUUGUUGAGAAGCAGCAUGACAACUUCAGCAGGUUCCAGAAGAGUAUGGACCAGAAUGUAACGAUCGCGGUGCAGACCAGCCACGAGUUCUCCAAGAAACACACUGGUCCCUUCAAGAGGGAGUUCCAAAAGGUUGGGCAGAGUUUCACAUUGCUAGCACAGUCUUUUGAAUUGGAUACCAGACCGCGAAGUGUAGAUGACGAUAGGCCACCGCAAGUCUCGACCAAGUUGACAGAAGCCAUGAAGCACACGGGACAGACGUACGAUGCUAUCGGCCAGCUGUUUUUUGAGCAGCCCAAGUAUGACGGGUAUGUCCUGGAAGACUUCUUGCGGGAGUACUCGGGCCUACUGUCCACCUUCCCCGACAUGAUCAGCUUCCACAAGCACACCAUCUCAACUGUCAAGGAAUGCCAGAAGCAACGGGAGGAGCAGAAGAUCGACUACGAGGAAGCAGAGGCGGUCAAAAAUAGGGCGGACGUGGUGUCCUACGCCAUGAUGUCGGAGAUCAACCACUUUCACUCGGAGCGAGUCCAAGACUUCAAGGAGGUGAUGCAGAAUUACCUCACGGAGCAGAUCAGGUUCUACCAAAACAUCACCUCCAAGCUGCAAGAGACGCUGCAGAAAUAUCAAGAAAUCUGAACCAUGGCAACCGUUUUUUUUUUUUAUUUUGAAUUUUUUUAACUCACAGUUUUUCUGUUGCAUUGAUUGUCAUUUCUAUAAAGUUUCAAAAGAUACAAAUGCUUCCGUCUUGUCAUGGCAUCACCAGCUCAAAAAUCACAAUCUGGCCAAAAUGAAUUUUCCCCCCAAAACAGCUAACAUCCUCAAUGUUUGCUUUCACCGUGACAAAUAUAUACCAUUUGUGAAUUGUGCACUUCCGUAUAUUUUUGCCAAAUGCCUAAAAGCAGCACAUGUUCUUGUUAUUUGUACCAAAGGCAUGGUUUCAUGUUCCUUCAGUUAAAGGAUGAAUUUAUCAUUAAGUAUGGGCCAUGUCUUGUUAAGCACAGCCUCUCUCACAGAUCGGUAAAAUGUGGCCAAAAUUUUAGAGCUUGGGUCAACUUUACAAUUUAUUUACGUUCUUGUGGGAUCGGAUAUGUGCACAUGAAAGCGUAUACUCUCAAACUUCAAAAUGUUGAAUUACUGUCUUUUCUUUUAUAGAACUAUCAAUGCAGUGUUGUCCGUGCGCAACAUUGAUGAUUUGUACAGGACAUUAUAGACGAUAUAGUAUAUUAAUCAUAUAUGUUCGGGUACAGUUUCAUAUUUGUUGAGUAGUGUCAAAUGAUAUUCUUUGAUAACUUCUUAUUCAGGGGGAAUCUUGUGUGUAUUUUUAGCAGUUUUAUCAGCAGAUCUUAUGUAAACGGCCAGUGAGGUACAUGUAUGCAUUAGGACUAGCCUUACUGCCCUGUGACAAAAUAGAUGAAAAAAAAAGCACUUAGAGAAUCAAUCGAAGAUCCCAGCCACUCAGUUUGAAGCAAUUUUCUGCGUUGAUACCUUUGAGGCAAGGUCUUGUUUGAACCUCAAGUAUUCAAUUCUAUGUUUGUGCAUAUUUCUUCCAUCGACAUUGUGUGUCUCUGUUUUCAUUUCUCCUCAUAAGCUUGGUUUAUACUCACAGAGGGGAAAAAAGUCCCAGGAACAUUUCAGGAAAUCGGGGGGGGGUGUUCACACCUUUUGUAGUAUCCCUGUAGCACCCAUGCGAGGAGCUUACAGAUUUGCAAAAGGACCUGAAUGCAUCCCUGCCAGCUCACGUCCCCCUCCCUUCCCCCCGACAUCUUUCCUCGACCUCCCCCCCCCCCGACACUUUUACUUGGUUCUGUUGCAUUCAGUAGGAUUCUUUUCAGCUUUGUUGCCUUGUGUUGCAUUCAGCAUUCAGCAGGGUACCCAGAGAGAAGUUCAUGGGACGGGGGUUAAAAGAAGCAAAUUUUGCUUUGCUGGAUUAGUCUACAAAGGAACGCAGAAUUUACCCCAAUUGUGCUGGUAUUUUGGGAAACAUUGUGUUUUACCUCCACACAUCUAACCCAAGUCGACAGUCAGUGUUUUUUUUAGUUUGCAAUAUGAGGAACUGAGAGGAUCUGCCUUUCUGUGGUGGCAGUAGACCUUCAUCACGAUGCUGCCAUGUUUGUCUUGUUUCCCGUAGCCUAUUUGGCAUUAGUAAUACAAACACCUUAUAGUGGUAAGGGAGCAGACUAUUUUUCCUUCCAGCCUCAGUUUGGUUACAUUGCUUUGAGUGGUAGGAGAGCAAGAUGGCUGCCCUGUGAUGGAGAUCAAUAGCUUUCUGUAUUCCCUCACACGUUUAAUUUCCAUAUUUUGAGGAGUGCUCUAAAUCCCACGGAGCAAUGGGUUUCGUAAAAUUGCACGUCAUCUGAUGAAUUUUUCAAAUUUUACCUUUGAACGUAUUAUGAUAAAUGAAUGAUAUUUUUAAAUCAAGUAAUUUUUUUAUUUAAAAGAAAAAAAAGGUUAAAAAGUAGUGGAUUGUAGCAUUUUGAAGUAUCAAUUCACAUUAAGUGUACAGUGUAAAUAUAAACUCCAAAAAUUCUGCUUAACCUAGAUGGAAGGUUCAAUUGUUGAAUUGUCUUUUUAAUUUCCCCCAAACAAUUUGGUUUUGUGAACUUGAAGGAAUGUACGUGUAAUAUUUUAAUGUUGGGUAUUGUUAAUAAACCAUUUCCACUUUAAUUGUAAUUUUUUUUAGGGGCAGAGCUUGAGCUAUAAGAGGGGUAGAAUAGGGCAUUUUGGGAGCCAAAACUUAGUACACAUGAGACAUUCAGAAAUUUAGAUCAGCUGACUUACCAGGAAUAUUUAUGGUGCAUGGUUAAAUUUUGUCACAAUCCCUGUACUGUAUGUGGGUUGAAGGUACAGUCCAUCGGACGUUUUGCACUGUACAAAGAUUGAUAUAUGAUCUCACUUGCUAGUUUGCGUAGGUUUGUUACAUUUUUAAAACUUACAUUAGAAUCUCAUUGGACUGUAGUCAAGCCAAGCACAAGUCACCCACUAAGUCAUCCACAAGUCGCCCACAAGCCAAGCACCAGUCCCCCACAAGUCAUUCACAAGUCUCCCUCAAGCCAAGCACAAGUCACCCACAGGUCAUUCACAAGUCUUCCACAAGCCAAGCACAAGUCACCCACAAGUCACCCACAAGUCGCCCACAAGCCUCCCACAAGUCAUUCACAAGUCGCCCACAAGUCGCCCACAAGUCAUUCACAAGUCAUCCACAAAUCGCCCACAAGCCAAGCACAAGUCAUUCACAAGUCGCCCACAAGCCAAGCACAAGUCAUUCACAAGUCGCCCACAAGUCACCCACAAGUCGCCCACAAGUCGCCCACAACUCAUCCAGUCUUAUUAAGCCAAGUCGCAAGCCGUUGCAGUGAACCGUGACCAACGUUUUUACCUUGUUUCAAUUCAUCCAUGGAUGGAUUCACAAACAAACUGGGGGGAGGGCAAACUUUCUUUUUUGGGAGCCCAAAAAUUGGAUAUUUCCGUCUCUUGUUGCUCUGAGGGAUACUUGUAGGUCUUUGUGCAUGCUUUUGAAAGGAAGGAAAAUGAUAACAAAAUAGACCAAAGCAAUAUCUCAUUCAGUAUUAUUUAUAAAAUGGGAUUUUGGGGGGAGAUCGCCCCUGUUAUCUCCCCCCCGAUCUGCCCUUGCAUGCACCCAGCUUGUAGCGACUGAACGUGUGACAAUUUGUGAACAGACUUGUGAAUUGGUCUUUGACUAUACAGACCUGGAAUGUAAUCGAAAUGGCUUCCAUCAGGGAGAUGUGUCGUUAGGUUUUAUUGUACCUUUGAGAGCAGUGUCGUGUAAGCAGCCUCAAGUGGUCAAAACAAAUGGUGCACACAGCGAAAACUGCAUGCACCCCGUGAAAUAAAAUUGUGUAGCAUCAUAAAAAAGAUGACGUCAAGGCUCCCCUCCACUUUUCACCAACCAGCCCUGAGUGCCCUUUAACCUUUUUUGUUUUACUUCUGAAUGAAGAUAAUAAUGCAACCUUGUCCCCAUGAUGUUGAGCAGUGCGCCCCCUGGCUACCUGCUCUGCAAGCCAAGCUGGAAAUACGGAUAAAGCGCCUGCCCGGGAAAAGGUUGAUGAUAAUGUGCUGCUUGUGUAGUGCAUACUUCACCGGUAACCAACCACAACCGGUGCACACUUCACAUUUUGGUCAGUAGCUCCUUGUGGCUAAGAGACACUUGCCUCACAUCAAAACAGGAAAAUUUCCCAGUGGUCAAUUUAAGGCAGAGCAAAUAAAACAGGAACUUUGAUGUUGAAUCUAAUAUACCAACUUUGUUAUAAUAUUCUGCAUUGUUGAAUGUUUUUUUCCAUUAAGUAAACAAAUAGGCAUUACCACCCCAUAUAGACAUUGGCUUUGUAGCAUUUGGAUGUAAUUGGUGCUGUAUGUAAAUCAUUUAAAUAAAUUAAUUAUGCGUAAUGAGUUGCAUUUGCAUGUUGCUUCAUUACUCCAGUUAGUACUACCUGUUGGCAAGAAAGGAAAUAAAUCUUGUUUCUUGUGCAUGUAAACAG